UUGAAAUCAGUCGUGAACGUGAUCCCGUUAUGGCUUGUCUAAUUAGGACUUUAAAAAGGAGUGAACUAAAAUAUUUAAAUAAAUUAAUCUCAGAGAGGAACAGAAAGUCAUAUACAAGAUUGGCAGAAGUUGGUAAAUUAGAAACUCCAAAAGUAGAAGGAAAAUAUGAUACAGGACAACUAUUUCUUCACAGAGUAUUCGGAUAUAGAGGUGUUACCUUAUUUCCAUGGAUAGCAAGAGUAUAUGAUAGAGAUGUUCUUAAAAAACACAAUAGUAAUGAAGAUACUAGUCCCGGUUUUAAUCAAGUCGGAAGGGAAGUUAGAGGACAUACGCAUUGUUAUUAUCAAGUUUUAAUUGAUACUAGAGAUUGUCCUUUUGUGAGAACUCAAACGGAAGCUGUGACUUUUUUGGGUAACCAAGAUAAUAGCCGGUCACUAUAUGCCAUUCCAGGUUUGGAUUAUGUUGCUCAUGAAGAUAUUUUACCAUAUACAAGUACUGAAAAACUUCCCAUUCAUCAUGAACUCUUUGAUAAAUUUCUAGCUUAUGAUUCUGAAAAAGAUCCUCCAUUUAGUGCUCGAGAAACUUUAAGAGCAUGGCAGGAAAAAAAUCAUCCAUGGUUAGAACUAUCGGAUGUUCAUAAAGAGACCACAGAAAAUAUUCGGGUGACUGUGAUACCAUUUUAUAUGGGAAGAAGGAUUGCCCAAAACACAACUGUUUAUUGGUGGCGUUACUGCAUUAGACUGGAAAAUCUUGGGGAUUAUGUUGUUCAGUUAAGAGAAAGACAUUGGAGAAUUUUUAGUCUUUCUGGUUCUUUAGAAACUGUUAGAGGUAGAGGUGUAGUUGGUCAGGAACCUAUUUUAUCUAAAGUACAACCAGCAUUCCAGUAUAGUAGUCAUGUGAGUUUGCAGUCACAAUGUGGUCAUAUGUGGGGAACUUUCCGCAUGGAGAGAGAAGACGGACACACUUUUGACUGUAGAAUUCCUCCAUUUUCUUUGGAAAGUAAACACGAACCAAAUCCCACAGACAACACCACUUGAAAGUCUAAAUUAAACAUCUUAGAAAAACUUUUACAUUAUGGAUUGUUCUUGAGCCUAUGCCAAAUACAAUAUGCCAUUCUUUGUAAAUCUACUGAAAUCAGAUAGUUUGAAAAUUGCAGUAUUUUUACUCCAGAAAUAUAAAGCAGAAAAUAUUUUCUAAAUAACGCAAUAGUCAUUCGUCUAAAAUAAAAGUAUUUUUCUUUAAAAUAGAAUUAUUUACUCUUCCAUUAAAAAAUUAUU